GAAUUCCACCGGGUUUGUUGUUGAGUUCAAUAGCGGCUGGUUGUUAUUCAGGUUCCGGCCGCUGUAAGUCCCGCAGGCUGAUGGGUUCGAUGCCCGCGGGGAUGGUGUGGGAAGCAGCGCGCUGUUACUCUGAGCUUGAGGGAAACUCGGGGCAUAGUUUAGGGCUGUUUUUGUGAUUAUUUAUAAAUCUGAGAGAGAAUGGAUGCGCUGGACGGAGCUGAAGGCGGCGGGAGCGUGUUGGAUCUGUCCCAUCUCAGCUUAAACAGUGUGAACUUUGAGACUGUGAGUGAGAAACGCAGCGCAGAAACCACCGAGCUGCACCUCUGCUACAACCGCCUGGCGGCACUUCCGGUCUCCGUCAGCCGCUUCACGAGCCUGGAGUUCCUGGAUGUGAGUAACAACGGGCUGCUGCUGCUGGGGGCCGCGCUGACGGGUCUGAGCCGCCUCCGCAGCCUCAUCGCCAAAAACAACCGGCUGGAUGAGGGUUCACUGCCCAAAGACUUCAGCUCCUUACAGAGGCUCGAGGUGCUCAACUUCAGCGGCAACUGCUUCGAGGAGAUCCCCACACAGGUGCUGCAGCUCCAGCGCCUCCACUCCCUGUCCUUCGGGGGGAACCGACUCACACACAUCCCUCCUGAUAUAGACCGCCUCACCGGUUUGGAGCUGCUGUAUUUGGGUGGAAAUAUGAUCUCGUCAAUCCCAGUGGAGUUGGCCAACCUGCCUGUGCUCAGCUACCUGGCCCUGUGUGAUAACCGCAUCCAGAGCAUCCCACCGCAGUUUACCAGGCUGCACUCCCUGCGAUCUCUCAGUCUCCAUAAUAACCUCCUGACCUAUUUGCCGCGUGAAAUCCUCAGCCUCGUGCAGCUCCAGGAGCUCAGUCUCCGUGGCAACCCGCUGGUCGUGCGCUUCAUUAAGGACAUGACCUACGACCCCCCGUCGCUGCUGGAGCUGGCAGGUCGCGCCGUUAAAACACGUAACCUGUGCUACUCGGAGCAGGACCUGCCCGCGGACCUCGUCACGUACCUGGACCUGGCCAGCAAGUGUCCCAACCCCAAGUGUGGAGGUGUGUACUUCGACUCGUGCGUGCGCCACAUCAAGUUUGUGGAUUUUUGUGGGAAGUACCGGCUGCCCCUCAUGCACUACCUGUGCUCCCCGGAGUGCACCUCUCCCUGCAGCUCCAACCCUCAGAGCGACGCAGACUCGGACGACGACCAGACCGUCCCGGCCGAUCGGCUGCAGAGAGUACUGCUGGGAUAGCGCGCGCGCACACACACACACACACACACACACAGUGUCUCUCUCCUGCUUCAAACUCACUGAGUUUUUUCUCCCCUCUGAUUCAGUCUGUCAACUAAAGCCAAAACGCUUCUGGUUUGCGCUCCAGUCCACUCACCCUCACUUCAGUACUGUUCAUAUCAAACCCUGUGCCACAGAUCCAGCUUCAGAGCCGUUACACUGAAACACCGACACAUCCCUCUCUUCAGCCACAAGGUUUUCUUCACUCAACCUUUUCUGCUCCAGGUUGCCACUGUUAUGUUUUUUUUUCCUCCUUUCUUUCUCUUGCUUUCAUUUUCCGAAACCAAAUUGAUUAUUUUUUCAUUUACACGCCAUCAGACACCUAUUACACACAUGACACGUUUUUUUUUUUCUUCCUUAUAUUGGUUGCAAGAUAUAUAAAUAUAAUUAUUUUAGUAAGACCGAGCCUCAUUUAGGCGGCACGGUGGUGUAGUGGUCAGCGCUGCCACCUCACAGCAAGAAGAUCCGGGUUCGAGCCCCGUGGCCGGCGAAGGCCUUUCUGUGUGGAGUUUGCAUGUUCUCCCCGUGUCCGCGUGGGUUUCCUCCGGGUGCUCCGGUUUCAGUCCAAAGACAUGCAGGUUAGGUUAACUGGUGGCUCUAAAUUGACCGUAGGUGUGAAUGUGAGUGUGAAUGGUUGUCUGUGUCUAUGUGUCAGCCCUGUGAUGACCUGGCGACUUGUCCAGGGUGUACCCCGCCUUUCGCCCGUAGUCAGCUGGGAUAGGAUCCAGCUUGCCUGCGACCCUGUAGAACAGGAUAAAGUGGCUAGAGAUAAUGAGAUGAGAUGAGAGCCUCAUUUAUCAGCCUGGAUACAAACCGAUUUCUUGGUAAAUCAUUCUCACGAGACAAAAGAAAUUUUGUCUUCAUAUCCUCCUCGUGCUUCUGUGGGUCUGUAAAUCUCCGCAUAAGAAGACCGACUCAUGUAAACUACAUCUCCGUCAACUUGAAAUGAAGUGCAUGGAUUACUGCACUUUGGUAUCCGGAACAAUCUUUCGAUUACGUUUACAGCGUUGAGCAGACGCCCUUCUCCACAGCGGUUCAGUUAUAGAAGAGAAUUGGCGUCCUGAUUUAAAAACUCAGUCAUCAUACCGUCGAGAAUAUUUCUGGAAAUCUAAUAGAUUUUUUUUGGGCAUUAAUUAAUGAAUGACAAUCAUUGAAUAUGACAAAAGGCAUGACGGUAUGUAAAUGAAGGAUGUGCCAGUCCGUUUGUGCGUAACUGUAAGCUGUAAGCAAGUGCCUCAGCUGAUGGAAGAUUUCGCGCUCACUUGUUUCAUUAUCGUUAAAGAUUUAAUAUAAAUACACAGGUGAUUAUAGAAAAUCGUGCGCACUGAUUGGUCGAGAAAUUCAGACUAUUCUUCAAUAAUCAACUCGAGCGACUCUGCAAACUGGUGGCCGAUCAAUUCGUCACCAUACGUGAGGAUUCCUGAACGCACUGACCUGGUCAGGAAAGAGUUAAAGAACUGUUGACAAAAACCUUCAGCCUUGAUCUGAAGAAUAGAACGAUCAAGACGAUCAUCUGGAGCCGACUUGUCGUCCUUAAAGCGAGACGGCCGUUCGAUUUCAUAAAAUCAGUGAAAUUUAGUUCCGUCUGAAAUGUGGUCAUUGCGAUAUAUCUGUAAUAUCUGACAAAAUAUCAGGCCAUUCUGUGGCUGGGAAGUUAUUUAAUUUGAGGGGAUUAAAGCAAAUAAUGUGCAUGAAAUCGCUCGCUUGGCGCAGUCAAGCAGACAGAGGAAGUCCGUGUGCGCAUGCGCAGGUUUACCUUCUUCUUUUGGGUUUUACAGCAGCUGGCAUCCACAGUGUUGCAUUACUGCCAUCUACAGGUUUCCCUUUGAGCGUGCACUGACAGUUCCAUCAUUCUGUCGCUAAACGAACAGCUGAUCACACCGAGGUGCUCGCUGAGCGCCCAUAUUUAUUAGUUCGGUCCUGCGUUUCCUUUCCUUCGUAUAUAACAUAACGUCUUUUCUUCUCGCUUUCUUUCCGUUACUGUAGUCGGUCUUUCACGUUUCAUUUGCACACCCACACACGUCCUCCAUUUUUCUCUCCUGUUUCAAAUUUGUAUCCCACAAUGCUUUGCGCGAACGGGGAAAGCCCACCAUGUGAUUUGAUGCAUGAUGUAGUGUCUUGUAUUGGGUCAUGGUGAAGCAGGAAAAAAUAAGAGAAUUUAGGGCCACGUGGAGAUAAAUUCAUUAAUUGUUCUGUUUUAAAAAAACUAAUAAAAUUGGAAGUCUGUGAUUCAAAUUCAGUAGCUUUCGGUCACUAAACAAAAGUAACUGGGUGUCGGGGAAAAUUCUUUUUAUGACCUACAGUUGAAAAAUCUGAAAGGCAGGACAGCUUUAAGGAAGGAGGAUGUAUGUAGGCUAGAAAGUUGUGAAAUGUGGCGUUGGAGGAAAGUGAUGAACAUUUCUUUCGGCGAGAGGAGGUCCGUUAUAUCCAUCGUCAGUUAGCCAUACUCUGUGUCAUGGGGAUCUUCUCUCUGUAGUUGUAGAAGUGAGAACAAACAGGAGGAGGCCUCCAGGAAGACAACGGAUAGGAAUGUUAGACAGGAUAAAGAAGGGCGGCCCCUGCGUAUUCGUUAAGUGGUGUGCCAUGGAGCGGGGACUAUAGGGAAGGACCUGAGAAUGCGAGGAAGAGAGAGGGGAAAAAGCACUCAAGAUGCUGCGAAGUUUGAUCUAAAACAAUUCAAAGGUAAAGUGGAAUUGUGAUUGAUUUUUUUAUCGAUUUCAGAACAAAGUAUUUUAUGUAACUGAAGUCUGCACCACACUGUUGUUACAUUUACGUGCCGGUUUUGAAGUUUUGAAAUAUUUUUAAUACAAUUUUUUUAAAUAAUCACCUGUGUAUUUAUACUAAAACAGUUAUCUGCCUCGGGCUCAGUGAAUAUUGGUGAAUAACAACCUCGACUUCAUCUUCGUCUCCGUUAUUAUUCACUGAUUCACCUCGCCUUCGGUGAAUAAUUUGUUCAAUAUUAUUGGCAGAGAAGUGAGUCAAAAUAACUUCCACUUCUUCCGUUUAGCCUUAUAUGGAGUUUUGUGGGCGUCUCAAAUGCAAAUGAGCUGUGCCAGGAACACGCUUUGCACUUUACCAGUGAUCAUCGUCAUGAACACAUGCAGGAAGAAAUUCAGCCUUUCGGAAACUUUUAUAAAUCCGGCAGAAGCGUUUUUAGUUGGUUCGGUUUGGUUUUUACACAAACCUUUCCGCACAACUCUCCGAUAAAUGAGGCUCAGUGUUCAAACUCGUGCCGUUCUUCAUACCUUGUUGUAAUUGUAGGCAUGUCAGUCAUGUGACACGCUCUGAUUGGUGUCUUACACUACGUUCAGACUGCAACCUGAAACGACCCAUAUCCGAUUUGUUGUGAAAUCCGAUUUUUUUGUUAGGCCGUUCACAUUACCAAUUAUAUGAGACUUGUAUGCGAUCUCCAAUAUGAACGGAAAAUGACCCAAAAGUGUCCCGCAUGCGCAAAUUGACACGUAAUAAGCACAUCUACGUAAUACGUAAACAAAAAAAAAGCGCACUCUUUAAGUUUGCAAGUAAAGCAUGGAGAUGAGGCGAGACCUGGCGAUGUGGUUUUUGUGGCGGCGGCAGAACUCACACAAUAAUCUGAUUAAUGUGGGCAGCAGACUAAUGAGACCGAAGGUGUCAAAUUACUGGAAAUUUCCAGAACAAUCUUAUAAUCUCGUAAUACAGGAUGGUUUAAGUUAUAAAUCAGUUAUAGAAACUGUUUUAUUUAAUCAGGCUAACAGAUCAACAUCCAGGUCCCUACCAAAUCCACCAUUAGCUUGAUCAAUUCUAUAAAAGUCUAUUUAAAUUCUGAAAACUGUACAAAUGUUGUUGUUUUCCACCAAAGAGGCGGGAUUAGCCAACGCGGAAUAGCGACGUUUGUCUCUUGUUGAUGACGUGUAGGUCGCAUGAAUGCGACCUGUCCGGUCAGACUGCAGUCGCAUGUGAAAAUAACGGAUAUGCAUCGGAAUUAGGACCACAUAUCCAAGCGGCCUGGGUCGCGUGUGAAAAAAAUCGGAUCUGUGUCGUUCAGAUUGUCAAUAACAAAUCGGAUACAGGUCGCAUAUGGGCAAAAAAAUCGGAUAUGGGUCGUUUCAGGGUGCAGUCUGAACGUAGUCGAUGAAAAAAUAAUAAUGAUUAUUUUAAUUUCAGCACAAAACCAUUCGCUGUAUGUUUUUGCGAUUUGAAACUUGCGUAUGUACAAACGCUUUUGGAUUACACUCCGGCUUGCGCACACACCGGAGUCAAGUCGGUCGAGGGUGAAUAUUUCCUUCAUCUUAACAGCAGUGAGAUCCGUUCCCUGUCGCUUUCUGUUUCAGACUGCAGGGUUUAUUUGCUUUUUUUUUUUUCUGCUUGCUGAUGUUUUCUUACACCGCUAGGGGCCACAUGGUGCGAAAAUUUAUGACCCUGGCAAUAAGGGUUCAGGAUGAAUCAGUGCUAUUUUAUGCCCC